GUUAUCAAAAGUCAGCACCAGGAAAAACCGGCCCGAGCCGUCAGCCGGUCCCGCUCGCUCUCCCUCCUGGCGCGUUGACACUCCGGCGGCGGAGAGAAAGUGGGCGUGGACGUACGCAACCGCAAGACGCACGCGGACGCGCGCGCGCAAGGUAGGCACGCACACACCGCGAGUGCGCGCCAGCCCGGUCGCAGCGAGCGCGUGUUCCCGGUGCGAGUGAGCGACUGACCGAGUUGAGUCCACCAACGUCCUGCAAAAGCCAACAGGAAUUACGACCGCUCACCGCCGGGGGUGGGGAAAAAAGAGGAGGAAGAAGAGAGGAAUACUCGACCAUGGCGCUGGCGUCCGUGUGGAAGUACCGCGUCCCCUUCGUCGCCAUCGCCGUGAUCUGCCUGGCGCACACCGCGUGUUGUCAGGCAGUGCAGGCGGAGAACGUCACCGUCUUGGAGGGCGGCACGGCCCAGAUUUCCUGCCGCCUGCAGAACUACGAUGGAUCCAUUGUGGUCAUUCAGAACCCGCGCCGCCAGACGCUCUUCUUCAACGGCACGCGGGCUCUGAAGGACGACCGCUUCCAGAUGGUGCUUUUCACGCCGCGGCUGGUGCGCAUCACGCUAACCAACGUGAGCGUCUCGGACGAGGGCGGCUACUUCUGCCAGCUCUACACGGACGCCACGCAUCACCAGGUGGCCACGCUGGCUGUGCUGGUUCCGCCAGAGACUCCCGUGGUGGAGGUGAAGCAGGAGGCGGUGGAGGGUGGCGAGGUGGAGCUCAGCUGCGUGUCGCCACGCAGCAAGCCGGCCGCCAGCCUGCGCUGGAUGCGCAACGGCCGCGAGAUUCCAGGUGUGGUUUCCCAGCAGGACAACGGCAAGACGGUCAGCGUGUCCAGCACCAUCCGCAUACCGGUUGAGAGGAAAGAUAAUGGCGCGGCGUUGAGCUGUGAGGCGCUCCACCCGGCACUGGCCAACCAGAAGAGGAUCCGACACUACCGCUUGGAUGUGUUCUUUGCACCGACUGUGAGGAUCGUCCCUCCCCCUGGCAUCUUACGAGAGGGCGACUCGCUGAGCCUGUCCUGCUCGGUCGUCGGCAACCCUCUGCCCCGUGCCAUCCAGUGGUCCAAGAUCAAUGACACCUUACCUGAGCGUGCCGAGAUCUCCGGGCCCACCUUCCAGAUUUCCCGCCUGAGCCAGUCUCACAACGGCACGUACUUGUGUCAGGCGCAGAACAACUACGGGCGAGCCGCCGAUCACUACACCCUGCUGGUCUACGAUAAUGUGUCAUUCCCAAGCACCGCCCCUCCCACUUCCACUUCCCAUCCCAACGUCACCCCGUCCCUUUCGCUGGACCCCAAAGAUCCCGGCGCAGUGGUGGAGACUCACAGCGCGGUUCCCUACGCGGUGAUCGGUGGCGUGCUGGCCCUGCUGGUUUUCACCAUCAUCUGCGUGCUCAUCGUCACCAUCUGGUGCUCCGUGCGCCAGAAAGGCUCCUACCUUACCCACGAGGCUAGCGGCUUGGACGAGCACGGCGAAGUGCAGGAGGCCUUCCUCAACGGCAACGACGCCAGCCAGGGCAAGAAGGAGUACCUACUGUAGCCUACUCAUCGACCUCUGACCUUAUCCCUGUGCCCCGCCCCCCACUUCCUUUUCCCUCCCCGCCCCCAUCACACCUUAUACACUCACAACACACACACAAAAUGAUUACACGCUAAAACUCACACGCGCUUGGAUAAAGUGAAAAAGCCUACUCAGGCAUUCACGGGCGCACAAGAUGCUUUCUGUACAUCCGAAUAAAAAGGCGAACAAUAGGAAAUGAGGGAUUUACACGGAACGCGGAUGCAGGAAGCGUGGGAAGCAAAUAAGUGUCGUAAUUUUCUGGCAGGUCUUAAAAGCAUGCCCCCGUCGGCGCGGUAUUUCAGCCCACCAGGAUCCGUCGAUGCCGGUAAAUGUUCUCAUAUUUACGGGAAAAGAACAGGAGACUCCUGGGAGGAUUCGUACUCGAUGUACACGCUCGUGCGCAGUGUAGUAUAUGAAGUUCUGCCUCCAGGAAUGGGGGUGAGGGGGGAAUAUUGUCCCCCCCCCCCACAUUCGGAGCAGUGGCUCACUUACAGGUCCACCCCCCCCCCCCCACACACACACACACACACAUUCGGAGCAGUGGCUCACUUGCAUGAGACAGGUCCACCCACUCAAUACGAGCAAGACAAGAAUUCGGGUGUGUAAAGUAGUGUGAUACUUUGGGGUAUCUGGACCAAAGGAAAAUGUUUUCAAUUGGGGCAUUACCCCCCCCCCUCCCCCAAAAUAAUCAUGCUACAGAGGUGCCCAGACAUUCAAUUGAUAUAUUUAAUUAUUAUUAUUAUUAUUAUUGUUUUUUCAACUUAAACAAAAAGUCCUCAAAUUGCUUAAUGCCCCUCCCACUCAAAAUUUACUGUCAAACUCAACAUCAAACAAAGGGAAUUUUACCUUGUGGAUUUAAAUCAAACACCGAACAUUUCUGCCGUUUAGCUUUUGCUCAGUCUUGUUUGACUCCCCUGCUGGGGGGGGGGGGGGGGCAGGAAGAGUUUGGGGGUGUGGGGGGGUUUAAGUGAUUUUCUUUCUUCGACAUAUGAGGGAAAUGUAAGUUGUCUUCUCUUUGACUUGCCACCUUCUCUGGUAUUCCGUCCCUUCUAUCUCGCCACCCUCCUUUCUCGUCUCCUCCCGCUUUUGUCGUUUUGGCGCCAAUGAAAGGCUUAACGUUGGCCCACGUCCCUGAGGGAGACAAAAAGGAAAUAUUACUUGCGGGGACAUGAAAGAGAAGCUUAAUUAUUUCCCAAUGUCAUGAAAGGGGUCAAAAAAGGGUUAGAAGGCUUAAUGGGAAGGGUGAGAACAAAUUGAAUGCAACCACACACACACACACUCAUAUGUAAACAUAUUGACAAAGCGAGUAUACAUAUCUCUGAAUUCCUUUGUAUAAAAAAAAAACAGCAGAUGCGUAAAUUAAACUUUUAAGAGCAAAGAAACUGUUUACUAUUGCAUUAUGAAGCUAUACUGUACUAACACUGAAUAUUAGCCGAUAGAGGCGCUAAGCCGAACAAACUACUGUCCAGUGAUCUUUAAAGAAAAAAAAUAAAAUGAAAUUAAAAAAAAAAAAUGUCUUUAUCAGAAAACUACGAAGGCGUAUUAGGGCCCCACUGAAAAGAAAAUCAAUAAUCAAGUCAUAAUGUUGGUGGGGAAAAAAGUCAGAAAUUUUGUAGAAACGUGUAUUUUUUUUUUUUCUGAAGGGUGUAGUAAAAAAAAAAAAAAUUCUGUGUGGCAGGUUACUUGAGACUGCUGAUCUCAGACUGUUGCAUUUCGCUUCGUUUGGGAAUUUUUUGGGGAGGGAAAAAUAAAGGGGAAAAAAACACCUCGUGACUGUAAAAAAAUUUUUUGGUCAAAUAAUUAUUUUGCAAUUGCAAAGAAUUUUCCCAUUAUUUAGAUAUAUUGAAUGAUGGCAUAAACAUUUCCUGAAAUAAUUUUUUUUCCCAAAAGAUGCAGUUUUACUGACUUUCUUUUUUUCCAAAAUGGGAUUUUUUUUCUCUCAAUCCUAAAUUUGAAUCUCACUUGUUCGAAUGACGCCUUGCGAGAUUACUUUUUUAAUUCUUGAAGAAAUGCGAUUUUAUUUUUUCUUGUAAUAUUUUACAACUUUUUUCUGAUGCUAUUCAUUUUUCUAACAAAUUAUCUGAGUUCAGCUUUAUUCUGGGGAAAAAUAGAACUCCCCCCCCCCCCCACACACACACAGCAUUUCAACUCGACGCUUGAGGUUGUAUGACUUUUUUUCCCCCCCCUGCUAUUUUUCACAUUUCAGUGUGGCCCUAAUAAUCCCACGUAGAAACCAGCGGACUUUUUUUUUAAUUCUUUGUUGAACAAAUAUGAUUGUUGUUCCUGUUCCUGCUAUUAUUAUUAUUAUAAUUAUUAUUAUUAUUAUUAUCGACGUUGUUAUUAUGACAAUUGUAAAUGUUACAAGAACUGUACACUUCUCAUGCUUUGUUUUUAAUUCUACCGUAGAGGAGUUGUUGUCUUGUUUUUUUUAUCCCAAAACUUCCCGCCAACUUUUCUUCUCUCUCUCUCUCUCUCUCUUUCACUCUGUCGCUCUCUCCUUUUUCUGUGCCCAGUCGUCACCUCUCCUUCCCUUUCACCGUUUAUUUCCGUGUCCAUGUGUCAUUGUUGAUAUACAGCUAACUAUUUCUUUAUAGGGGAAAAAGUACAAAGCACGAGAAAAUAAAAAAAAACAACUCUAAAAUAAAAAUAACCUUGAUGUA